AUGGCUCGCCCCCGUCCCCAGGGGGCCGUGUCCAUUUCGUCGGAGCUCAACUCCGGCAGCACGCUGUCCUAUGAGUUCGGGUCCCUCUUCCAGGCCAUCAAGCCUGCUGAGUCGACCUUCGCGGUUUUCUCCACCAAGAUCGAGCUGAAGCUCGCCAAGGCCCUUGCCGGGCUGCGCUGGGCCGAGCUUGAGGGCACGGAUCCCGAGCAGGGAGCCCCGUCGGUGGCGGCGGUGGCCGCGCCUGCUGAGCCCCCGGCUCCGCGCCUGCGCCAGCCCACGGAUUGGAGCCGUCUCGAGCGCGAGAUUGAGGAGGAGGAGAAGAACUUCACCCCCUCCGGCGACCAGGCCCUGAACAAGCUCUUCCAGGACAUUUACUCCAAGGCCGACCCGGACACCCGUCGCGCCAUGAUGAAAUCCUACGUCGAGUCGAAUGGCACUGCGUUGUCCACGAACUGGGGCGAGGUCGGCUCGAAGCGCGUGCCGGUCACCCCUCCCACUGGCAUGGUGGCCAAGAAGUAUGACUCCUAA